AUGAAAACCGGGCAUGAACGGUGCGCCAGCCUGGUGAUGAAGGCGACCCUGAAGGCGUCCUUCUCCCUUCUGAAGAAACACCUUGCUGGGCGGGUUUUAAGGUGCCCAAGUUCAGGGUUCUGCCGUCCCCGAGGGCUCCCCGCCGCCGGCGGCCCCGGCCUCUCCCGUACCCCCCACAACAGCUUCGGUGCCACCGGCGGCGAGGGAACCCCGGGGAGCCAGACUGGGCCGGGGAGCGCGGCCGCCGCCUCAGGAGAAGGCGUGCGGGACGGGCGGCAGUUCCCGCCGCCGCGGCUGCCCCGGCCCGGCCCCGCUCCCCGAGGAUCCCCCGGAGCUCCCCUGAGGCUCCCCCGGAGCAUUCCCUCGGCUCUCCCGGGGCGCUCCCGGGGCUGCCCCGCGCCCUCAGCCCCGGGCCCGGCGGAGGCGCCUGCGCGCUGCGGCCGCUCGGUGCCGGCCCCGCUGGCGCCGCCCGCAGCUCCCGCGGCUCCUCUGCCUAUUUUAGUCACAGCCGCGGCUCCGUGCCCGCCGCGGGACGCGGGGUCGCCGGCGGCGACGGGCAACAGCCCCAGCCCGUCCCGUCCGGGCUGCCCGGAAACUUUCCCGGAGCGCGGGGCAGGUAAGCGGUGA